UAGGUCCUUUUUUUACUGUAUUGACAUAAAAGAAAGCUCUCGUUAGCAUCUUGAAUGCUACUUGUCGCAAAGUGACGCAUGCGCAACUCACAGCUUCACUCGUCGCAAAGUAACGCAUGCGCGACUCAAAUCUGCAUUCUCCUCAGAUUGGGCAGUAGUCUUCCGCUUACAGCAUUGCUAUCUGUGUACGGAAAGAUGGCGGCACAAACAGACCGCGGUGUCCCACUUAGUACGCUUUGUCCAAAAUUUCUUCACACCAAUUCCACUAGCCACACCUGGCCCUUCAGCGCCAUAGCUGAGCUUAUAGACAAUGCCUAUGAUCCAGAUGUCAGUGCCAAACAGUUCUGGAUUGAUAAGACUGUGGUCAAAGACAUAGAAUGCCUCACUUUUAUGGAUAAUGGAAAUGGACUGAACCAUGAUACAAUGCAUAAGAUGCUCAGCUUUGGGUACAGUGACAAGACUGCUUUAAAGGGUGUGAUCCCGAUUGGUAUGUAUGGCAACGGUUUCAAGUCUGGAUCCAUGCGUCUCGGCAAAGACGCCAUUGUGUUUUCAAAGUCGAAGAGUGUGUCAUGUGUUGGGAUGCUUUCUCAGACCUACCUGGAAAAGAUUGGUGCUAACCAAAUAAUUGUUCCUAUUGUCUGCUUUGAACAGAGAGAAAAAAAAAAGUUCAGUGUAAGAGAGGAGCACAAAGCCAGUCUGCAGGACAUCUUGUGCUAUUCCCCUUUCAAGACACAGGAAGAACUGCUCUUUGAAAUCGAUGUCAUCAGUUCCCACUCGCCAACAGGGAAAACUGGCACACGGAUCAUCAUAUGGAAUCUCCGCAGGACAUCAACUGGAACAACAGAGUUUGAUUUAACAAAGGACCGUUACGAUAUCCGAAUACCAUCUGAUGUCUACGAAUCAAUGAAAGACAAUUCUCAACAACCAGACAUUGUCACGUCAUACAUCCCUGAGAGUUUUUACUCACUACGGGCAUAUUGCAGUAUUCUCUACCUGAAGCCUAGAAUGCAGAUCAUCAUACGUGGUCAAAAGGUGAAAUCUCAGCUCAUUGCUAAGAGUCUUGCCUUUGUCAGAAAAGACCACUACAAGCCCACUUUUGUUACCAAACGCAUUCCUAUCACUUUUGGCUAUAACACCAAAAGUAAAGAACAGUAUGGCAUUAUGAUGUAUCACAAGAAUCGGCUCAUCAAAGCAUAUGAACGUGUGGGCUGCCAGCUUAAGGCUAACAACAAAGGUGUUGGGGUCAUUGGGGUCAUAGAGUGUUACUUUCUAGAACCGACCCACAACAAACAGAGCUUUAAUGAGACCGAUAAGUACAGGAAAACUAUGACCAAUUUGGGGACCAAACUGGAGGAGUACUGGAAUGAAAUCUCUUACAGGAAAAAAAGAGAGGAUCCAACCAGCACCAUACCAGUGGAAGAUACCAUGAAGCGACCAGAUCAAAACUGGGUGCAGUGUGAUGACUGUUUGCACUGGCGCAAACUCCCUGAUGGGAUCGACUGCAACAAGCUGCCAGAUAAAUGGUUCUGCCGUAUGAACCCUGAUCCUCAGUUCAGGAGCUGCCAAGCAGAGGAGGAGCUCGAGGACUCUGAUGAAGAGACACCUUCAUACUGCAAGACCUAUAAACAACAGGAGAGGAAAGACAAAAAGAAGCAAGAGAUGGAAAGACAAAAAGCUGAGGAAGAUCGAGAGCGUCAGGAAGAGCAGCGUUUGGCUAAUCUCUCCAGGCAAAAACAUGCCCAGAAACGUCUGAAGACUGUCGAUUCCCCUUUCAUCCCAACCACUCCAAGGAGUAGGUUUAACACUAAUUCAACACAAGGCGGUGCUGCGAGAGCUGAAUCCUCUCCACUCAGGUCCUCCACCCUUUCACAAGCUGCUUGCAGCCCCUCCAGUGGCAGUGGUCUUCCAGUUAUUUCUAGUGUGUGUUCACUGUCGCCAGACGUACUGUCAGCAGGCUAUCUGAGGGGGAAAAGAACACAGCCUGUUACUCCACAUGCAACGCCCAAAAGACCGAAAAAGAUGAAUGGCUUCCAUCAGGGUAGAUCCACAUUAGUGGAUGCGAGCCCAGUAAGCUCCCCAUCAGUGCUCAUUGAUGAUGAUGAUGAUGAUGAUGAUGAUGAUGAUGAUACUGAUGAUGACAUUUGUAUCUUGGAGGCUGUCAGUGCCCCCCGGCCCAAAAAAACAGACAUUGAUUUGAGUAAAGUGAAGACAGAACAAGAGCAAAGUGAUGCUAAUGUCGGCAUGCUGAUGGAGUGCAGCGAUGAUGCUGCUGUGGAUGACCCCUCGGAGAUGAAUGUUGUAGGAAUUAGCUCGGCAAGUUCUGCAACCAGUCCCGCCCCAGAACCCUUUACAGGGGUUACCAGCAGCACCACCCAGACAGAGGUACCCAAAGUAAAAAAGGAACAAGAGGACCAAAAUCAAACUGAAGUGGAGAAGAGAGCCGGGCAGAGUACUAAUGAAAGAGGUAGAGAACAGAGGUCAGGUGUAGACAUGGUUAUCUGCAGUGUUGAGCAGCAAAGCAUUAUUAAGCAAAAAAGCAAUGGAGACGCCUGCAAUGAGAAUCAAGGAAAGCAGACCUUGCAGAAUGGAGUGACUCAUCAUCUGGAUAGUGAAGAAGAUGCUGAACCCUCCGGUUCAACGAGAGACUCUUCACAUCACUACCCCAGUGUGACUGAGGUACAGGAACAGCAGGACCAGCUCAUAGAUCUUAUGCAGGCUACAGCUCAGGAAAGGGACUCCUUUAAAGAGCAGGUCCAUACACUUACCUGCCAGCUGCAAGACAUGCAGAGCCGACUGAAGGAGCUGUCUCAGACCAAUGUAAAGAAGGAGUGUUCUCACCAGGCCAGCCAGACUGAGGAAAAUGAGGGAGGGCAAGACUACAAAAGUCUGUUUGAGAAGGCAAAACAGAAAGUAAAUGAACUGAUUAAGGACAAAGAGGCUUUACUGGCAGCCACUGAGCCCAGUACUGCCCAAGGCGAGGACAUGGAUGACCUUGCACUACAAGUUGACUCUCUCAUCCGCAAGCUGGAGGAAAGUAACAAGGAGAGGGAUGAACUGCGCUCACAGUUGAACAGUUUGGAGGUGGAAAAGGCUAAUCUGGCAUCCCAGUGUGAAGAGGUCAGGUUGAGCCUGCAGCAGCAGAGGGAAAACGCACAGGAGAGAAGCCCAACUCAACACAUAGUGACAGAUUGUACUGUCCAAACCGAUCCAGAGGAGGCAGGAGGGACAGCGAACUCUGGCAUAGAUUCAAGCACAGAUACAUCUAGAAGUUUAAUUGAGCUGAGGCAUAACAUUGGACGCCUUCUCGUCUCAUUCGUGCCUUUUCUGGAACUGGACCAAGUGAAUUAUGAGUGUAAUGUAAUUGAUGAGAUCCUAGAACAGGUUCUCACUGAUGUGGAUUCUAUUGCACUAGUGGGGCCGAGAAACAGAGGGACGGAGCAAUAAAUAAAUAUAGUGAACAAAUCAUAGAUCCUGGAAGUAAGUGUCGCACUCCACAUGUAAAUAAUUCAGACGGAUUCCUAUGAGUGUGGGAAAUUAAAUGUAAUUUAUUUGAAGGUGUAUAAAUAUGUUUUUACAGUUUUAGUAUUGACAAACAACAUGUUGAAUUCAACAGGUUAUGAGCAGCUUAGUACUAUUUCUUUAUCUUAUUAAAUACAGUAUCGUACAGUAUAAAUCACAGUGUACUUUAAUGAAUGAUAUAGGCCGUUUACUUUGAUCUUUAGUUUCUGGGUAGAAAGUGUCAAUUUUUUUCAAACAAA